CCCGACCAGACCCUGGACACAUCCGACAGCGCCGCUCCCAGAACGACCUCUGUCCUUGAAAGCACCGCCGGCACACGCCCACACGCCCACACGCCCACACGCAUCGAAGCCAUGAGCAGCAGAGACAAGCUCGCAGAGUUCUUGCCUGCCAAGCCUGAGCGCUUGCUCAUCUCGUCCAUCCUGUUUCCCGAGCUCCAGAAGGAGCUUGAAGCCCAUCCUGAGCUGAUUGGGAGUCUCAAGGGCCUCUUCAUCGUCACCGUCCUCAAGAAAGGCAUCAAGAAGGAGGAGUGGUACAUUCUUUUUCAGGGCCAGGAGGCCGUGCCUGUGGUCACCCAGACCCGGCCGGUCCUGCCCGCCUCGGGCAAGGGCAAGAGCAAGACCACGCUCCCGAUCGUCCUGGUCGAGAUUGAGGACGCCGACAUCCUCAACUUCAUCACCGGCGGCCUCACGGGAGUCAAGGCGUUUGUGAGCCAGCGCAUCAAGAUCCUCGGCGACCUCGUCGUCGCCCAGCAAAUCGAGGACGUGUUCGUCAAGACCCACGGCGUCGAGAAGGCGAUGAGGUUCCUGGAGCGAACCGGAAUUCAUGUGAAUUCCGAGUCCAAGGCCAAGCUCUGAGCGGCCUGCUGCGCGAAGACAUGUCUUUGGCCAAUCCGCGGCGCGCAAUAUGCCACCGGCUCUACUGCUUCCCACGCACGCCAAUGAUGGCUGCCUGUAUUCAUUGCGCGCCGGAGCCAAAGCGGCAGCUCUGGCGCUGUCCUGUGCGGCUGCUCACUGCUGCUCGGUGACCGAGUUCAUUGAGGUCGUCAGCGGCGUCCGAGGGAUCUUGGGGCGAGUGCCAAACGCAGUCUGGAAUUCCUGCACCCUGUUUAUGGUCAAUAAAGUCAAUGCAGAGCCCUCUUUGUUCUCUCGGCAACUGGC